UGAUAACUUAGCUCACAGGCGUUACAGGUGACCGGAGCGUCCUGGAGGCUGGAGGAGGGUCUCGUGCUGGCUGGAGCUCCAUGUGAGGUGACCCAGCACCGGCACCGGCACCGGCACCGGCACCUACAUGCCGGGACAGCAGAGGGAUGAGGACAGUCACAGGAGUGGACAGAGUAAGUCUGGAGAGAUUCUCUUUUUAAUCCUCACUUGAGCCAUAAAAGUCGAUCCAAAAAGUUCCACAAUGGAGGAGAGCGCGCUGCCGCCACAAGCCCCCAACCUGGCGCAGACAGCCGCCUCCAAGCUGUCUCAAAUGGGGGAAAGAACUAAACAACUUGGAACCGCCAUGCAGGACCCUGCUCGGCAGAACCGGCUCAUCCUAGUCAUCGUGUGUGUGGUGCUCCUGCUGGACAACAUGCUGUAUAUGGUGAUCGUGCCCAUCAUCCCAGACUACCUGGAGGGGCUGCAAAAGGCGGCAGACCGAGCUCAGGCGCCCCUGCACAGCAACCUCUCCAACGCCACCACGCACGGAGCAGCCAAGGGCAACUUUGACGUGCAGAUCGGGAUUCUGUUCGCCUCCAAAGCCAUCGUGCAGCUGCUGGUCAACCCCCUAAGCGGCACCUUCAUCGACAGGGUGGGCUAUGACAUCCCGCUCGUCAUCGGGCUCAGUAUCAUGUUCCUGUCCACUCUCAUCUUCACUUUUGCCGAGAACUACGCCACCUUGUUCGUGGCUCGCAGCAUGCAAGGUAUCGGCUCGGCCUUCGCCGACACGUCCGGUAUCGCCCUGAUCGCAGACCGCUACACGGAGGAGGCGGAGCGGAGCAAGGCGCUGGGCAUCGCCCUGGCCUUUAUCUCCUUUGGGAGCCUUGCAGCGCCCCCUUUCGGCGGGGUCCUCUACGAGUUUGCCGGGAGGCGAGUGCCCUUCCUGACCCUCGCCGCCGUGUGCCUCAUUGAUGGGAUCAUGUGCCUCCUGGUGCUCAAGCCCUUCUCCAACCGGGAGAGGGCGAACAUGCCGGUGGGCACCCCCAUCUACAAGCUCAUGAUGGACCCCUACAUAGCGGUGGUGGCUGGGGCGCUGACCAUCUGUAACAUCCCCUUAGCCUUCCUGGAGCCCACCAUCGCCAAGUGGAUGGAGGAGACCAUGAGAGCCAGCCAGUGGGAGAUCGGCAUGACGUGGUUCCCUGCCUUCUUCCCGCACGUCCUGGGGGUGUUCCUCACUGUCAAGCUGGCCGCCAAGUACCCGCACCUACAAUGGUUCUACGGGGCCAUCGGCAUGGUGUUCAUCGGGGCCAGCUCCUGCACGGUGCCCGCCUGUAAGAACUUCGGGGAGCUCAUGAUCCCGCUGUGUGGGAUCUGCUUCGGCAUCGCCUUCGUGGACACGGCGCUGCUGCCCACGCUGGGCUUCCUGGUGGACGUGCGCCAUGUGUCUGUGUACGGCAGCGUGUACGCCAUCGCAGACAUCUCCUACUGUGUGGCCUACGCCAUGGGGCCGGUGGUGGCCGGGAAGAUCGUGCACGACUUGGGCUUUGUGCAGCUCAACCUGGGGAUGGGUUUGGCCAAUGUGCUGUACGCCCCGGCCCUCCUCCUCCUGAAGAACGUGGCCCAGAUGAGGCCGUCCUACUCUGAGAGGAACAUGCUGCUGGAGGACGGCACCUCGGGACUGUACGACUCUAUCAAGAUGGAGCAGAGGGAAAAGAAGCGGAAAGGUUUGUGCACCACCAUCGACGAGAACGGCAUCGAGACCUUUGUGCAGCGCUCCUUCUCCGAGGAGGAAUCCUCAGGUGGAGAAUAUGCAUAAAAAAAGUUUGUGAAAUAAGUGCCAAAAUGUAGAGUCGUGUCCUUCCACUUUAAUCAGCCGCAUUCAACAAUUUAAAGAAUCGUGAAGCUUCAGCUGUUUGCAGUAGAAAGGAGCCAUGCAUUGAUUGUGUUAGUGAUUUAUCAGUUGAUUCGAUUCAGGGAUUCAAGUCAGUAACACACACUUGUCUUUGCGUGUGUUCAUUUUUGCCUUUUAAGUUGCACUGCUCAAUAAUUAUGCAAAAAUAAUGAAUGUGUGUGUAUGUGUGUGUGUCCCUGAAAUGCUUUAUUCGACUGGUUUGACGAUGAUGUAAUCAAGGAAUGCAAAAGCCUCAAUGUAUGAUACAUGUAUAAUGGUGUACAUAAUUAAAUGAAUAUCAU